AUGGUGUUUGGUUUACAGAUGCAGCUACUUCAAGGGAAAGGUACUGAGCAGCUGCUAAGUGACUGUAAUCGCAUUCUGCAAAUCAUCGCCUCGCGCACCAUCGUUAAUGAGAACGAGGAGCUACAGCUUACUACCAUGGCGACCAACAUCUAUUCCUGCACCCUGAAGUGGAAGAGGCAGGAGGGUGUAUUUCACAAGGUGAAGUUUGACGCCUGUGCUGACAGCGACAGCGUCCUGGAUGAGUGGGGCCAGACAGACCUGUCUAUCAGCAUGCCUCCCGCGGCACACGAAAACUCCUACAAGAAUCGUGAUUGUUCGGCUUCCCUCACAAUGUAUAAGACUCUGGAUCGCACCAUGCCAACGGAUACUGAAGUAGGGCAGCACUUCAAGGCGAAGAAGACCUACGAGUCGGACAGCCUGGUGGUUACUCUGGAUGUUUACCCUGAGCUGCGACAGCGAGCACUGUGGGGCCACUAUAUUUACGUUCUGCUGCGACGCAAAGGACAUGAACCGAUCUGCAUCCCUGCGUAUUGGAAAAUCGCCGAAACCGAGGGAGGCUGGGCCGGAUGGAGCACGCACGGCGUCAGCGUCGUGUGGUGUAACGAAACGCACGCAUACUUCAAGGUCGACCACCUGACGAGUUUCGCCAUCCUUGUGCAGACGACUCCAACGUGGGUACGCAUGUAG